CUGUAACAACUGAAGAAUCAACAACAGUCACAACUGAAGAACCAACGACAACAGGUGUUACUAGUUCGGUCAAUGUAGAAAUGCACUUGAAUGAGGAAUACAAAGCUAUAUAUUCGGAUCUUAAUAAUGCUGAGACACAAGCGAAGGUUGCUGAUAUUUCUGCAAAGGUCGAUGAAUCUAUGGAAAACAGUGAGUUGGAGGACACAUAUCUUGGCAAUAAUGUUACACAAUUAAGAAACGGUAGCCUGAUUGCAGACCUGAUUAUGGAAUUCAAACGUGCAGAUCCCCAGGUAGAGAUUGUCCGCGAAACCAUCAAUAAUAUUACAGGUGUCAUAGGAGAAAAGACGAAAGUGAAUUCCGAAAAUACUGAACAACAAUCAACAACAGGCACGACUGAAGAAUUAACAACAACAACCCUCCACGACAAUGGUACGGCGCAUGGAACAGACAGAGUGGAGACACAACUGUCGGAGUUACCCAAUCCACCGCAGAACCACAGCCUACACCAACCGGGCAACAACCAUCAACAACCACUGCAGCGACAUCUACACUCACUAACAUAUUUUCGACAGUCACUGAGUUAUUGUCUACCACCACGGGACAAUCAUCGAAGACCACAAAUCUAUUUUAAAAAUCAACAACAACAGAACAACCAUCUUUAUUCAGCUUGA